GGCUCAUUUUCCAACAUGUCAUAUCCUGGCCGAAGGCAGCAGGGGUCAGGGCAGGAAACGGCAGCUUCUCAGAAUGAGACAAGGCUCUCCCAGAGCGGUCAUUGGCUCCUGGGAACUAUAAAGCAUGCUCAUCCAGAAACGGUCACCCACUUUUUUUCCCAGAGGCCAGAGUGGAAGGGCAUGGAGAGGCGGGCGGCCCGGGAGCCGCAGGGCGCCGACGCGCUGCGGCGCUUCCAAGGACUGCUGCUGGACCGCCGCGGUCGGCUGCACGGCGAGGUGCUGCGCCUGCGCGAAGUGGCCAGGAGGCUCGAGCGUCUACGCAAGCGCUCCCUGGCGGCCAACGUGGCUGGCAGCUCCCUGAGCGCCGCGGGCGCCGUGGCCGCCAUCGUGGGGUUGUCACUCAGCCCGGUCACCCUGGGGGCCUCGCUCGUGGCGUCAGCCGUGGGCCUGGGGGUGGCCACGGCCGGAGGGGCAGUCACCGUCACGUCCGACCUUUCUCUGAUCUUGUGCAAUUCCCGGGAGGUGAGGAGGGUGCAGGAGAUCGCCGCCACCUGCCAGGACCAGAUGCGCGAGCUCCUGAGCUGCCUGGAGUUCUUCUGUCGGUGGCAGGGCCGCGGGGACCGCCAGCUGCUGCAGAGCGGGAGGGACGCCUCCAUGGCCCUUUACAACUCUGUCUACUUCAUCGUCUUCUUCGGCUCGCGUGGCUUCCUCAUCCCCAGGCGCGCCGAGGGCGCCACCAAAGUCAGCCAGGCCGUGCUGAAGGCCAAGAUUCAGAAACUGUCGGAGAGCCUGGAGUCCUGCACCGGCGCCCUGGAUGAACUCUGUGAGCGGCUGGAGUCUCGGGUCCGGCUCUGCACCAAGGCCGGCCGUGGCCACGACUUGAGGAUCUCUGCUGGGCAGGAUGCAGCGUUGCUUUUCUAAGAGCAUCCUGUAACUGUGUUCUGGAUUCGUAGCAUCCGCAGAGAAAUGCCACAUGGGUGGAGGACAAAGGCAGACAAACUGUUUUUGCGGGGCGUCGUGUGAGACUUUUUCACCUGUGUAAUCCCAAUUGAGUAUGUGACCCUAAACACUCACUUUGGGGCGUGGGGAGUAGUGUCAAAAAUCCUUUUUGGUUGCACACAGCCGGGCAGACUCUUUAGAGUUAUUGAUGGUUUGAGCUGGGUUCUGGAGAGGUGUCUCCCUCUGGGACCUCGUUCUUACUAGAAUCCCGAGGUUUUCAAAUGUUGGCGAGAGGAGAGUCUUAAUUUUCAACUUUGCUUCUACAGUUUCUGUUACACAGAACUCCAGAAUCCAGAACAAGAAAGACCGUUCUGGUCGUUGUCAGAGUUGUACACCUACACUGGGGUGAGGAGCUGGCUCACCCGGGUCUUCCCACCCCAGUCAGACCCCACUCACAGACAGACCCAACCUGGCUUUUCCAGAAUGGCUUCAAACCUACACCUCCAGGUACUCUGAGAGGGAAAGCCCCCCAAAGAGUCACUUGAAUUCCAAUACCCACACCCUUCACUUCUAUAAGAAAAAGCUGAAGGGGGAAGGAGGACAUCCCUAACAAUUUCAGUGACUGACAUGGCAGGCAUAGGGGAGUGGGCAAGAGCAAUUGAGUCAAGCCGUCCUGAGUCCUGAAUCUAUCACAGGCUUCCGCUGGUACCGUGUGACUCACUCACCUUGCUGAGGCUUGACUUCUUGUUCAGUGAGACAGAUGGUGGCAAGCGCUCACCCUGUUGCAAAGCUCUGAGACAAGAAGGACAAGCUCGGAGUCUAGCUCAGGAAAUGUAGUUCCUGGCCUGGCUUCUGACUGUGCAUCACUUGGGGGCUUGCUGGAAAGGUCAGCUGUUAGGCCGGGACCCAGAUUUAUAAACUCAGAACCUGUAGCUGUGAGGCCUGCCAUCGGCUGAUUCUGACGCCCCGUAACGUUUGAAAACGGCAGCAAAUGUUCAUCUCCAGCCAGGUGUGGUGGGGCACACCAAUAAACCCAGCAGUUGGAGGUGAAGACGGGGACCAGGAGUUCAGGGUCAUUCUUGGCUACGUAAACUCAAGGCCACUCAGGAUUGUGAAGCCCUGGUGUCCAAGACCAAAAGAAAUUAACUUCUGACUCCCUUCGGUUGUUCAAAGUUGUUCAGUUGUGGCCUUCAGAGUCACUGACAGAAAGUCCAGGACAGACUGCCUCAGAAAUCAAAGACUGUGCUGUAUGCCGUCAAGCCAUUUACUCCGUCCCCUAAGAACUAGGGACAAACACCACUUGCCCUGUAGAGGGCAGUGUUGCCCGAGGAGAGACUGGUGCAGAAAGGAAUGUGAACUUACCAGGAAAAAAAAAAUCUUCCUCUAUUCUCUGAAAACUCUGACAACAUAUCUUUAUUUAUUUAAAAUGAGUUAUUUAAUUACUGCCUGUUAUUUACAUUUAAUUUUAUUUAACUAUCACAUUUAGAAAAUAAUGAGAAGAGCAAGUGUCUGGAGGGGAGUCUCUGAAGGCUGUUUUUUUUUAGGAGGUCAAGUUUGAAUUUCUUAAAGAGUCGUUUUUUUUUCCUCAGGGAGGACGCUCUCCUCUAGUGUUUUUACAUGGUCCUUGUAAGUAACAGGGGAGUCCUGACUAGAGAGACUAAGCUGGCCUUUAGCUAGUAAAUGGAGUCUUGAAUUGUGAAUGAUUAUGAAUGACUAAGCCUAAUGUGUCCUAAAGGUACUUUGCCAGAAAACACUUGACUUGAAGAAAGAAAACCUGUGUAAUUCAGGGUUGGGGGAGAUAGAAACAGGAAGCAUUUAGACCUUGGAAACCUGAUGUCCUAUGAAAUUCUGUCCGAUAAGGCUGUGUUAUGGUGGAGAUACGUUUUAUUUUGACUUUGGGGCUAUAAGAAACCUGUUUAAGUACUUUUAAUUUAUUCAGUGCCUUCCUAAAUUAUCCUUUAAAAAAAGUUGGAAACUCUUUGGGAUCAUACCCAAGAAACCUGUAUUUUAAAAUUAUUUAAUGUUAUGCAUUUGUACAACCCUAUGCUUCCCAAUGAUGGCUGUGUGUCUGAGGAAAUGUAACUUUGGCAUGAGGGGCAGGGACUGCUGUUUCUCUGUUUGUUUGCUUUUUCUAUAAAUUAUAAUUGAGCUAAAUACUGGUUUAAUUUGA